AUGGGUGACAGCCCCGAGCUGGUCCCCACCGAGGUAGCAACUGAUCUCGGUACAGACGGAUUUACAGACGCAGAAUCCGCGGAGAUGGACCUCUCAGGCACUUUGGCUAUGCCACCGUCUACGGAUGGCCGUGGCCUAGUGCUGGAAGAGAAUGCAGCAGCAGCUAAUGUGUUUGCGCCAAACGCACCUUCUCCUUUCGUAGGACUAGGAGCUCCGCAGAUCCACAUGUACCGACAACAGUUCCAGCAGAACAUUACGAUAGGUGAAACACCUGAACAAACAAGACUUCUCCUCACUGAGUUAGAGAACGAAGCAGAGUCCAGGCACCAGAGGUUCCGCCUAGCUGCUGAAGAAGCCCAUGAUCAACAAAUCGCAGAUGUUGAAGAAAGGGCUAACAGGCAGCACGAGGAAGUCGUUGCUAGACUUGAGUCUGAAAUUGCUAGCCAAAGGUAUAGCUUUGUCGCGAGGACAACUCUGGUUGAAGAGGCUGAACAGAACAAGAGGGAAAGCAUUAACGAGAUUGGGGAAUGGUUCGGAAGAGAGCAUGAUGAGGCAAUGAAAAGGCGGAAGGCCGACACGCCCUCCGUCGAGGUCCCCGUCACCCGCGCCAACGCGCAGGAAACCAAGCCGUGGUUGAAGGGUAAGGCCAAAGUGAUCAAGACGCUUCCCAUUUCUCCAUACACUGCAAAGGAGAACUGGGACUGGAAAGAGGGAAGAGGGGGAACCGGCGAUAAGAUGCCGUGGACCGGCAAGACUGUUUUCAAGAUCAAAGAACAAAACAAGAAGGCUUUCGCAGGAGCAGCAGAGGAACGAGAUCCAGUGGUCGAGCACCCCGAUCCUGAGAUCUCCGCAGCCAUCAAUGAGGAGGAAUACCUCGUCACCCCCGUUAAGGGUUGUGACUUUGCGUUCGAGAUAGGAAACUUUCCCAUCCUGAGGUCGAAGCGAAUGGAGCUGUUGCCUGGGGAUUUCACAUUCCCAAUGAGAUCCGAACAGCUCGCACUGCAGGAGAGCCUCCGUAAGCCGACCCUCGCAGAUCAGGACUGCUCGUGGGGAGGCACAGAUGGUGCCGGACCACGCGCCCCGCCUGGGGAUUCGCCGGACGAGCCUUUGCCUCCGCCCGGUGUGCCUGAUUUGGACGGCUCCGAUCUGAAGGAUCGUUUGUCCGAGUACUUGGACCAAGUGGCUAAGGAAAACGAGGACUAUGUUCCCGAAGAUGUCGGAGCUGUGGAGGACUGGCUGGGGAGGGAUGCUCCUGGAUCUUCUAAGGCACAACGGGAGGCUGACAUUGAAAGAUUCGAACGCAAGAAGGCUCGUGAAGCCGAGGAAGAUGCUCGCAAGGCCCUUAGAGACUCCCCGGCCAUGCCUGUCAUCGCCGAGCCUGACCCCGCAUCGAAACGUGGGUCCGUCUCCCUCGAAACAGAUGGCCUAAAGAAUGGUCUGGGUAUGAAGAUCCUGUUUGCCCACUCAGGUUGGGAGUUGAUCGCUAAGGUGAUUGACAUGGAACCAGCCGAGGACCACCCAUUUGCUUACGUCUUCGACAAGAAGCACGCUAGCCCAGCUGCCGACUACCAAGUCCGGCCGAAUCGCAAAGAGGACUUCUGGGAGGUCGACGCUGAGUUAGCUGCAGUCGUUAGGUUGGUGGACUGGGAGAACAUAUUUCCCUAUCACAGAGGUCAGUGA